AGCUCAGGGCAGUGUUUACAGAAUUUGACAGGAACCGUGAUGGGUAUGUUAAUUACAAGGACCUUGGAGACUGCAUGCGGACCAUGGGCUACAUGCCUACCGAAAUGGAACUGAUCGAACUCUCUCAAGUUAUUUCCGGAGGACGUGUGGAUUUUGAGGACUUUGUGGAACUGAUGGGGCCGAAGCUGCUGGAGGAGACGGCAGAUAUGAUCGGCAUGAAGGAGAUGCAGCAUGCUUUCCUGGAGUUCGACGCGGACCGGGACGGACGCAUCAGCCGCGCCGAGCUACGGGACGCAGUCCGGACGCUGAUGGAGGAGCAGCCCCACUCCAAGGAGCUGGAGGAGAUGCUGCGGGAGGUCGACCUCAACCGGGACGGCCUGGUGGACUUCGAAGAGUUCAUCCAAAUGAUGUCCAACUAGACCCGCUUGCUGGCGCGGUUGGGCCAGUCGGUCAGAGUGGAUCGGAGCCCGCGUAAUGGCAGGAGGAACGAGGGAAAUCAUCCUUCGUGGGAAGCGCUCUUUGAAGAGAGUGGUCUCCCUCCAUUUCUCUCUCACUCUGUCUCUCACUCGAUAUAUAGCCUCUCUCUCCAUUCCCUCCACCCCACUCAGAGA